AUGUCUAACUCCUCAGCUUGUUGUGCUUUUCAGUCCCCUAUUUUAAUCCAAAUCAUACCUCCUAUACUUCUCAUGGAGGCCGUCUGUGGCAUCACGGGGAACGUUGUGGCCCUUGUCAUGUUUGCCUUUGACGUGAAGACCUGGAAGCCAAACUCCAUCUACCUGGCAAACAUGGCUGUAGCCGACAUAGUGGUUCUCUUCUUCAUGCCAUUCCGAGCCGACUACUACAUCAGGGGCCAGCACUGGAUAUUCGGAGACGUUUUCUGUCGCAUCCUGCUCUGCUUUAUUGCAACCAACAGGGCUGCCAGCAUCUUUUUCCUCACUGCCGUGGCUGUGGACCGCUACCUGAAGAUUGUGCACCCACUACAUCGUCUAAAUAGGAUGGACCUGAGUUACGCCAUGUGGGUCUCUGCAGGCCUUUGGGCUUUGGUUAUAAUGUGUACAGGUCAGCUGCUGGGCUCUCCGCACUUUUUUAACGUUGGUAACCACACCCAGUGUGAGAGCUUCAAUAUAUGCUUGGACAACAAUCCAUUUUAUAACUGGCAAAAUACCUUCUAUCUGAUCCAGUUCUGUGUGCCAGGUAGCAUCAUCGUUUUCUGCACAGCCUGCAUUACAUGGCAACUAAAAACAAAAACAAUAGAUACAACAGGCAAGAUCAAGAGGGCCGUCCAGUUCAUUUUAAUUGUUGAUGUGGCCUUUUUUUUCUGCUUCUUCCCAAGCACUGCCUCAAAGGUUACUGUUUGGAUUCUGCAUAUCUGGCACCAUGAGUGUUCAUACUACACUGAGGCAAAUAUAGUUUUUUAUAUAACACUUUGCUUCACCUAUUUCAAUAGCGUACUAAAUCCUCUGAUUUAUUACUUCUCUAGUCCUGCACAUAGUAUGACACCGCAGAAAAUUUUAAAUAGACUCACAGGGCAAAAAGAAGAGAUGGCGGGAAACAGAGGUGUACCUACAGUAAUAACUGAUUAA